GAACGGGCCAACUCGGUCAGACGGCGAACAUUCUCAGGCUAAUUCACUCGCAUCAAACAAAUAUUAAGAUGAUGUUAAAAUCCGUGUUUGUUUGUGUGUUACUGGUGCUUGUUUCUUUCGUUCUUGCCAACCCCAUUAAAGUGACCCCUCCACCAGAGGAACUGGUUAGUAUUUUUAAUCUGGAGGAGCCGUGCGUGCAUCAAGGUGGACUUUGCUUGCUUGUGGAUGACUGCGAGUCCAGCAACUUAGUCCACUUACCCCCUAGGCUACUAUGUCCAAAGCAAGCACACCUCGGAGUAGUUUGCUGUUACCGUUAAUGGACACACUUCACGCGUUUGUUUAACUCAGAGUGUAUUAUUUAAGAAAAUCUAACUUUAUUUAAAUAGGAGUACCUAAUAAUAACUAUAGAUAUUUAUAAGAUUUUUAUUCUUAAGUAUUAUAGUUUCUUAUAGACUGCAAGUUACUCUGUAUAUUCAAAAGAUUUUAUUAAAAAAUUUGUACUUAAUUUCCUUAUAUAAAAUUCCAAAAUAAUAUAAUUUUCAAAAAACUAUUUUAUUAUUUUAAAACAGCAAAAAUGUUUUAUUUUUUUGUUUGCUAAUGAUAAUGUAAUAUUUACUCGAAUAAAUAAAAAAUAUUUUUAAUUGUUUUCUUUUAAUUCACAUAUUUCCGAUUGUAAUUGUCACAAAAUAAUUCAUAAAUGUAGUCAUUGGAAUCUUAUCUAUAAAUAGAAGGGGCGCCACUUGCUUACGGGAGAAACUGGUUCACAUGAUUAUUUACAUUUUAUUUACACGACCAUAUCCUCACUGAUACGUGAUGAUCACAACGAGUCUGCAAAGACUCUUGCGACGAUGAAGAUGAAGAUCCUGGAGAAGAACAAGAGUGUCAUAGAUGUGAAUUUAUUUUAUGAAUAGUACCAUUAAAAUUAAUAAAUAGUAUCACUGAAA